AUGGUGGGGGAGCAAGAAGACGAACCUUCUCCCUUAUCUACACAAUCUUCCCAUGAUCCAAUUUCAUCAGCCCAAGUCCCAGAUAUACUUAGGGGAUUUUCCUUCGCGGGUUACUCGUUCCCAGGGGCAAGCCCCGGCUCAAAUGCCUUUGCCACCGCAAAGAAAAAUCUUGAAACCAAAAUCCACCCCAGCAAGGAAGGAAGUGAUCCUGCAUCCUUCAAGAAUUCCAGGCUAGGAGCCUCGAUUGAUCCAUAUCACAAAUUAUCCCCAAAAGAGUCGGAGUCCGGCUCCGUCAGAAGAGGACUCAGUCUCCUCACCGAGGUCUCAGUCAGAAUCGUCAGAAGCUUCAGCUAG